AUGGCGGACCCGUUUGUACUCCUCGUGGACGCGCUCAUACACCAAAGCCCUGUUACGCUGUUGGAUGCAAUUGGCAACGUGGUAACUGUGAAAGAGGGCAACAUUGGUGCGGCAGAAUACAUUUCCUUUGGACCAUCAUACUGCUUUUUGCUAGCAUGCCCCGUGCCACUUGCAUGUCGGAAUGUUGCAGGUAGCCAGGGCCACUACACCAUGGGCGCAGUAUACUUUCUGCACCUGCGCCAACAUCUUCCAUUUUCAGAGUAUUUGCGCGAGUGCCGCGCCAUAAACUGGCCGCAUAUCUCCAUUAUCGAUCGAAAGCUGGUUUUGCAAGCACUCUCCGGCGCAACAGAACAUUUGGUGCUCAUUGAGCAGAUGAUGACCCUGACCACAGUCCAGAUGAUCAAGCCUAGAUCCAUUGACGAGAUAAAAGGUUUGCAAGACCAAUUUUUACUUUCAGAAACUGCUAUUCCAUCCGAUAUCCGGAUGGAUGAGCAGAAUCCAAGCGGUGUGGCACCACUAGAAAAGCCGGCGUUUAUUCCAGGCGCGUUGUUUCUUAGUCGCAACAAAAACUAUUCCGGCGUUGUCUCAACUUUGCGUGCACUGCUGAAAGUCGGUGCCUCCUCAAAUGCGCCGCAGCAGGUACGCUCGCAAGGGGUAAGCUCAAGACCGCAAGUGUCUACGUCGCCGUCGUCGUCGUCGUCAUCUUUAUUGCCAAUGGGCCUUUCCGUAGUAAAUCCCCGUCAAUUGCUCGACCAAAUGAAAGGGGGUAGUGGAAAAUCUCAAAUAGUCAUGCCAGCGCCCGCACCGGUGGGAGAAAAAUCACGAAAUGACCCCAUUAUAGUGGUACCCUUUUCAUCCACCUCUACGAUCAACAUGUUUAAUGUGAAACAAUUUUUGGAGGAAUGUCGGUUCGUCGAUCCUACAACUGCUCGCGCCGAAUGUUGCGGAAAAAAACCAGCCUUUACGACUGUCUCCCGUGAACGUGGAAAAAAUGACAUCCUCUCAUAUUUGGUGAUAGAUUCUGCGUCACGGCUAAGUUUAGAGGAUUGGAAGAAGAGGGUCGUAGCUGUCUUUGCCCAGGGAGCCGCCUGGCAGUUUAAGGAUUGGCCAGAGCCAUAUGAUUCACCCACACAGCUUUUUUCGUUAAUCCAAGGCUUCCAUCUUAAACAUGAGGACGAAAUGGUUGAUCCACGGAUCAAGGGAUGGAAUGUGCAGGUACUCAAUGUACACCAGACACGUCCUCAUUUAGACCUCGAAUCUGUCUUUGCUUUUUGGAGUACCCUGGAUGCUUCGCUCCACGCCAGAGGUCUUAUUCACUCAGCCACAGGAGGUCUCGGCACGACCAAAUGA